UCCUUCCGCCUUCCCGGCGGGCCCUGCGCGGCGCCUGCGCAUUCAGUGACCUUUCCCUGUAUUUGGCUGUGCGGGUCGGGUUGGCUUGAGCCGUUGGUCCUGCGGCGAGAUGUUUCAGAGCCUCGUUAAAAAUGUUUGGGUCCCCAUGAAGCCCUACUACACCCAGGUUUACCAGGAGAUCUGGGUAGGAAUGGGGCUGAUGAGCGUCAUCAUUUACAAAAUCAGGAGUGCUGAUAAAAGAGCUAAAGCAAAAGCCCCGCGUCCUGCAUCUGCCCACGGUCAUCACUGAUCAGCCGAACCUGCAGUGUACCACGGUGGCCUAGCUGUAAAUCCCAGCUCUUUUAGACGGGAACAUGGGACACACUGUAUAUUGUAGAAGUACCGUUUCCUUGCUGGCAUGAAUAAAUGUAUCUGUAAGACACCA